AUGCCCGGUCGAUCGAAGGACUGUACGACAUGCACAACCCGACAAAGUCUCCACCCGCACCUCUCUGUCCUCACCCCACUCUAUCCUCACCCCACUCUGUCCUCAUCCCUCUCUGUCCUCACCCCACUCUUUACUCACCCCUCACCCCACUCUCUCCUCACCCCACUCUCUCCUCAUCCCUCUCUGUCCUCACCCCACUCUGACCUCACCCCUCUCUGUCCUCACCCCACUCUCUCCUCACCCCAAUCUGUCCUCACCCUUCCUCUGUCCUCACCCCCAUCUGUCUCCCUCUCCCUCUGUUUGCACCUAUCUCUGUCCUCACCCAACUCUGUCCUAACCCCACUCUGUCCUCACCCCACUCUGUUCUCACCCCACUCUGUCCUCACCCCACUCUGUCCUCACCCCACUCUGUCCUCACCCCACUCUGUCCUCACCCCACUCUCUCCUCACCCCACUCUCUCCUCACCCCUCUCUGUCCUCACCCCUCCUCCGUCCUCACCUCCCUUUGUCCCCAUCUCUCUCUGUUCGCACCUCUCUCUGUCCUCACCCCACUCUGUCUUUACCCCACUCUGUCCUCACCGCACUCUGUCCUCACCCCAUUCUAUCCUCACUCCACUCUAUCCUCAUCCAUGUCAAUCCUCACCCUACUUUUUCCUCACCCCACUCUGUCCUCACCCCUCUUUGUCCUCACCCCAAUCUCUCCUCACCCCACUCUCUCCUCACCCCGCUCUCUCCUCACCCCACUCUCUCUUCACCCCACUCUCUCCUCACCCCACUCUCUCCUCACCCCACUCUCUCCUCACCCCACUCUGUCCUCAACCCUCUCGGUCCUCACCCCUCCUCCGUCGUCACCUCCCUCUGUCCCCCUCUCCCUCUGCUCGCACCCCUCUCUGUAAGCAUCCCAGCCUGUACACGCCACUUGCUUUCCGCACCUCUUAA